UGUCUGCGGCACGACUUGAGGACCAAUCCGCUCGCGUGGCGUGUCCGCGGCUGAGAAUGCAAUUCAGCCUCGUCAGCUAGGCAUACAACGAGGCUCUUGCAACGCUUGACACUCCACAACCAUUACCCUCCCGUCACACCGUUAUGGAUUUCAACGACUUCGCAGAAAUCAAACACCAGCAACUUGGUACCGAAUGGAGCAGAAAGUUCCACAUACAACGUGAUACAGCUCUUGCUAAAUGGAUUUCAUCUUUUCGCGAACAUCAAGAGAGCCAGGUUAUAGGUGACUGCUUUGGCUCCUUCAAUUGGAGCUGCAUCGUGCAAUUCAACGAUGGUGUCAAAUGGAUAGUACGGUUUGCGGUUCCUGGACAGGUUAUGGAUCCAGAUGAGAAAGUCCCGCGCGAGGUAGCCACCAUGCGGAUAAUCCAGGAACGAACAAGCAUACCAGUACCAGCAAUUCAUGCCUGGGGCCUAUCAAAAGAUAACCCUCUGGAAUUGGGAGCUUUUAUCAUAAUGGAUUAUGUUGAAGGCAAAGACCUUGGGAAACUAUGGGAAUAUAAGCCAACUGAACGAAAGAGCGAUGGAAUACUAAAGUCGACUAUCAGCGAGCAAGAGCUGCGUGUUGUAUACCGUCAAAUAGCAGGGUUUCUUCUCGAAUUAUCUCGGCUGGAAUUUGACAAAGGAGGGGCGCUCUUUAUACAUGGUGAUCAGACCAUCGACGUCGAGCAGAGUCCUUUGACGCUCAAGAUGCAAGAGAUAGAGGCACAUGGCGGGGUUCGCGUUGGAGGAUGCCGCGACAAAUUGUUCUCAUCAGCAACAGAUUACUUUAGUCACGUUGCUGAACAAGACCUUCAGCAUCUUCUUGAACAGCCCAACUCCAUCGACGACGCCGAAGACGCUCGCUCUAAAUACAAAUUCCGCUCGCAGCUGCUGGCCCUUAUACCUCGCUUUGUGAAUAAAAAAUACGAUCGUUCACCAUUUAGGCUAAUAUGCGACGACAUGCGAUUGGGCAAUAUCCUUGUCAACAACGAAACAGAGUUGAAGAUUGUUGCCGUCCUAGAUUGGGAAUGGGCGUAUACCGCGCCGUAUCAGAUGUUCUUUUCUCCACCGCGCUGGCUUCUAAUCAAAAAGCCAACUUAUUGGACCAGCGAAGACCUUGACAGGUACAAAACAUGCUUGGAGCUUUUCCUUCAUGUGUUGGCGCAAGAGGAGACAGAUAGAUACAAGGACGAAAAUCAUCUUAUUGAGAACCCUGAGCGGCUGUCAGACCUUAUGCGACAGUCUAUGGACGACGGCAAGCUUUGGUUUCACGAAUUAAUGUACGCCUGUUACGAAGGAGCCAAUAACCCAGCAUGGCAGGCUAUCUGCAAGCUCCAUCCCGACCUCGAUGACUUUGCACCCAUCCCAGAGUCUACGCUGGAUGGAUUUUCCAAGACUAAAAUGGAACAACUCCAAAAGUACGAGGCCGAAUGGGCCAAGAAGCAAGCUGAACUCGACCGCGAGCAGAAAGAACUCGAGGCUUUAAUAGAAAAAGUGGCAGCGUUUGACCCAGAGCUAGCUGAGAAGGCAAGGAAACGUCUUCUUACUCAAUAAUCAGCCGGGUGGUUGUUGCGGUCACAGCACGUCGGGGAGGAAAUGCUGCAAUGAAAACGGGAUAUAUUGGCGCCGAAUUUCGCGGAUGCUGAAGCGCGAUCAUAUCGUGCCCGGACAAUUCGAUCAAGAGAAAACGAACCAAACAGACAAGCUCGAAUACAUAGAUUUAAUUGAUCAUUCAGGUUUUAAUUAUUCCCUCAUCUAGCAAUGUUUCGAUAAAAAUAUGUAUAGCGGACGCAUUACCUGCUCUCCAAUAGCAGCAUUUGACAACUUUUCGUGUCCGUGAAGUAGGAGCAUGAAGCCGUAGGUGAAGGUAAUCUAUAUCACUUGAGAGGAAGUUGGAGAGACUACAAACUAUCUCCAGAUUCUGAACGCGGAGUCUUAUUUUGUCCUCGCAGGUUCA